UCGAGCUAAGGAAACCAAAGCCCUCUCUCUCUCUCUCUCUUCAAUGGAUUUCUCACCGAGGGCUUUGUUAUACGUAUAAUUUUCUUUUCGCACAAGAAAUCAACAAGAGAAACCAAUUCCAGCUCCGAACAAUCCCUUUCUCUCUCUAGAUCUGUUUCUCUCAACUGUUUUCACAACUUUCUCUCGGAAUCCUUUUCCUCUUGACUCUCAAAUUCGGCACAGAAAAGGUUCUUUUUUUUUAUAUUUAAAAAAUGCCUUUUCGUUUUGGAUGAUAAUUCGAGAUUUCGGAAACGGAGAUUAGCGAAAGCAUUCGGCGCGUUUGGAUACAAAGGUUCCACUCAUAUCGACCCGAGUGUUUAAUGUCUUGCACCCCCACAAAUUAAUGGUGUCUGCGUUUAUCAAUGAGUAUUUGAUUCCUGGAACUUGCAAACUGGUUUUCGAACUUUUGAAGAAAUUAGAGCGAAGGAUAGGAUUAGAUAUUGUGGUUAGUACAUGUUUGCAGAAUAAUCCAAUUGCUGGUUCGUUUGGUUGAGAAUAUCAUGUAAGCAAUGGUGACAGCUACUUUAAUGAAGAUUGUAUCUUCCUGCUUCAAACCUUCUGUUGAGGAAGAAAAUUCCAGUAGAGGCGGGGACGCGAAUGACAGGGUUGAUGGUUUAUUAUGGUAUAAAGAUUCAGGACGCCAUGUUGGCGGAGACUUUUCAAUGGCAGUAGUUCAAGCAAACAAUUUGUUGGAAGACCAAAGCCAGCUUGAAUCGGGACCGAUGGGUUCAAUUGAGUCGGGUCCUCGAGGAACUUUUGUUGGAAUUUAUGAUGGGCAUGGGGGUCCUGAAGCAGCCCGUUUUGUGAAUGAUCACCUAUUCAAAAAUAUCAAAAAAUUCACAUCAGAGAACCAGGCAAUGUCGGCUGACGUCAUCAACAAAGCAUUUUUGGCAACUGAAGAGGAAUUCCUCUCUCUAGUAAAGAAGCAGUGGCUUACCAAGCCGCUGCUUGCUUCUGUUGGUGCAUGUUGCUUGGUGGGCAUAAUAUGCAGUGGGCUGCUAUACAUUGCAAAUGCAGGAGAUUCUAGAGCAGUGUUGGGAAGAUUAGAGAAGGCUGUCAAGCAAGUCAAAGCUGUUCAGUUGUCAGUUGAGCACAAUGCAAGUUAUGAAUCUGUGAGGGAGGAAUUGCACUUGCUGCAUCCCGAUGAUCCACAGAUCGUGGUUUUAAAGCACAAUGUGUGGCGUGUGAAGGGUCUGAUACAGGUUUCAAGGUCCAUUGGUGAUGCUUACCUGAAAAGGGUGGAGUUCAACAGAGAACCUCUAUUGCCAAAGUUUAGGCUGCCAGAACCUUUCCACAAGCCUAUCCUUAGAGCUGAACCAACAAUAUUGGUGCAAAAACUUUUCCCUGAGGAUAAGUUUCUUAUAUUUGCUUCGGAUGGUCUGUGGGAGCACUUGACCAAUCAGCAGGCUGUUGACAUUGUCCAUAGCUGUCCACGUAAUGGUAUUGCAAGGAAACUAGUAAAAGUUGCUCUUCGCGAAGCGGCUAAGAAACGAGAAAUGAGAUACUCUGACUUGAAAAAGAUCGAUCGAGGGGUGCGGAGACAUUUUCAUGAUGACAUCACUGUUGUUGUCUUGUUUCUUGAUUCGCAUUUGAUCAGUCGUAGCUUCUGGCGCGGGCCUUAUAUCUCAAUCAAAGGAGGUGGUUGACACAUUGUAUCUUCUCGUGUCAAGAAGCAGCAAUUUUGUCUUUUCGAAAGAGGAAGAAGAUUUAAAGUGAGCAUUUAUUUCGUUUGUUCUUUUUAAAUGUAUAGCCAUGCUUCAUGAAUUCCGGUCUGCACAAUACCACCGGACAAUAUAGAGGCUGAUAAAGGUGUUAUUUGGUGAUUGCCACAUGCUACUACAGUCUACACAAAACUACCGUUUAAACAGCUUUUCUUUCUCUGUUUACCUGAGAAUUUGAUACUUGGUACUGCCUUUAAACGUUGAGAUUCAGACGUGAAAUUAUCGUAAUUAUGGAGUUGAUUUGCGAGUUUUCUUUGCACUACAAAUUGCUGGUCUCUUUUUAGUUCAACGUACCACUACUGGUACUAGCACUUUCUUGGUGGCAUACUUUCUUUUUGGGGCUUUUGCCUUGUUUAUAGAGCUUGUCCGAAUUCUGAUUAUUUGUUGGUGAGAGGCUUAGAAUGGGAGAACAAAUUGUUGAGAAAUGUUGUCUGAGCAAUCUUUAAAAAUUAGAUAUGACACGGCCCUCUUUUAUUAGAAAUUUCCAUAGAAACUAGUAUAUGGUCGUUUAUUCCAAGAAUGAUGAUACGCUAGUAUUUCCUUUUCCUUUCCAUUUUCGCAUAGUUCAUAUUUAGCCUUUUCUAACUUCUUCUAAUAUACUUGCCAAUGACCAUAGGUCAAAUGACAUGGAAAGGGGCUCGGGUUGGGACGGCGCAGGUUCGAUCCUGUAUCAUAGUAAAAAUAUAGCAGUGAAAAUCAUAC